GCAAUAAUUCCCUGGUAAGUGAAUGCAUGCACAUGAAUACUGCAAUUUUGAGUUUUACUGUAAACAUAAAGUCUUCCAGCGGAACCAUAUCUUCAUUCAUGCGCGCGUUUGUCGGAAUACAAUCAUGAUGCAUUAACGGUAACUGCAAAGCGGAAUGCAGUACCCAUCUUCUAUUCAAACGAAUUUCUGGCAUGUCUAUUCAAAGCCCCAGUUCAAAGCUACAAUAAACGUGACCGACAUUGUAUAUCACUAGGCCUUUCCGUGUACACACGUAUGCCACUCAUCAUGCUCAUGACUUGUUGUCAUACACAGUAUAAUAUCAGGGAAUAUAGUGAAUACCUGGGAACAUCGAUCGUGUUGUGGCAGUGCCACCGAAGAGGCCUUUAAUUAGCUAUGGCGAUAGGCACAGCCUCACCAUAAGCAUGAUAAGUUCCCUCACACAACAAAACAACUGCUUCGGUGAUCAAUGUACGAUUCUUAUAAACGUUUGCGUGAUGUGGGAAAUUAGAAGAAAGAUAAAUAUAUGUCAUGAGUGAGCACUGUCUUGUGAAUCCAUCGAAUGAUGGGCUACACCACAUCUCAUGUCGGUACUCGAUUUGUUAGUCAAGGAUUUAUAGUACGUAGACCAAUUCUUCCCAUUUCAAAAAGGAGAAUAUAAAUAUAUCAGAUGCAAUAUUUACCAAAGGACUCGAUGCGCAGGCUUGUAAUUUUGUCAACGUGGUGUAUGACCCCAUCGAGGGGGUGCAAUCCGGGCUUGAUGACCUUGAAAACUUGUACACAUCACCAGUGAACAGAUUGGUCUUCCGUAACUAAGAAAAUAUGGCGAUAGGACGCCAUACCGUCGUGUGGAUAGGGAGGUUCUCCGAUGCAUUCAUCAGAAAGGGGGUCGUCAAGAGUUUCGGUGUCCUACUUCCAGCUAUGACUGUCUACUUGAACACCAACUACACCACCAUUGGACUCAUCCUUUCUCUCAACGCUGCUUUUACACAACUUGCUUGUUUGGUGAUGAAUCCACUGAUAAAAUGGUUGGGAUCAAGGCGUGUAGCGAUAAUUGGUGGAACCAUGACAGGGUUGUGCACCCUGUGUACCGCUUUUACUAAUUCAAUUUAUCUGACGGGGUGCCUCUUGGUAUCAGCAGGAUUCUUUUCAGCUGGCUCCAACCUGGGAACGACGACGACUCUUCGGUGGCAUUUUGGACCUCGUUUUGGCUCCGUGAAUUCCCUUGCCCUCAUUGGAAUAUCGGCAGGGUCUACCCUCUUACCUCUCCUGACGGCCGAAUUAUUAAGAAUCUACGGUCUCAGUGGGACGCUUCUUAUACUCGGUGGCCUUCUCCUAAACGAGUUACCCAUUGGCGCGGUAAUGGUGCCACCUAGGAACCACUUCGUGCAUGUUGCAACUCAUUCGGACGAAGUUGAUUGUGACAAUAAAAUGGCUGUCAAUGGUGUACUGGGGGAUAGUGACAGAGGGGGUGAGAUUUACCGUGUUGGAAAAGGCGUCUGCAAUCUAGCUGAAAGCAAGAACGAAGUCAAAGUAUCGACAGAUCAAGAACAGUUGUCUACAAGUGCUAAUUCCUGCCGAAGCUGUAUGAAAUCAACCAAGGACACGUUUGACUUCCGGAUAUUCCGAGAAGAGAAAUAUUUCACCGUCUUCAUGCUUCCGGUGCUCAUUCUUUCCGCUUUGGCCAACUAUGGCUGGGUCCUCUUCGUGACGUCAUACGCGAUCUCGGUCGGCGUGGAUUCAUUCAGAGCUGCCUACCUCGCUGCCGUCGGCGCGGCCGGUGGCAUGGCUUGCUGUGCGGUGCAAGCUAUCGUUUUUCACUGGCAGCCCAUGUGGAGCCCGCAUGUUAUGGCCUUGUUAUCUCUUAGCGGUGCAGUGACAUUGAUGAUACAGACAUUGAACUCUACCUUACAUUCCCUGUUGAUAUGUUCUUUCGUCAUUGGUGCCAGUUUGUACGGUGUGUCUGUCGUGGUCGAUGCCGUCGUAGCCGUUAUAGUAGCACCGAAAAAUUUCCAAGCAGCAAUUGCUUUCACCUUUGCAUUAGAAGGGAUCGGGACAUUAAUCGCCGGACCAUUCUCGGGAUUUCUCUUCGACUACACCGGGAGUUUUGAGACGGUUUUCUUGGUCCUUGGAGGCAUCGCUGCUAUUGCACACAUUCUUGGUGUCCUUCUUAUAAUCAUCAGACGAUGUUCUAGACAGCAUCACAACGUGGCUGAACAACGUCUCUAAUUUCGAGAAUACAUGUGGAUGAACUUAAAAGUCAGCGCUUUAAAGCUCUGUUUAUCAACAUUUGAAACGAUUUUGUCCUAUCAAUCUGGCUUAUUUCAAUUCGCGAACUCUACCGAUGGCUAGAUGUUUUGUCUGUCUUUAGUCUGAUUCAGUUCAGUCUCAUGGGGUCUGCGUGGUCUUGUUAAAAGAUACGCUUGGUUCUGUACUCUGAUCUGUAGUACUGUCUGAGAGUAUGCUCUUUUUCUGAAACCAUUCGUACGUAAUGACAAGACUACGCGUCCAUUGUGUAAUUGAGUUGUGUGAGACUGUAUAAAUCAGAUAUGAUGAUUUACGUCUGGGACCGACUUUUGACGCAACCAUCCGAAAGUCGCGACCCAGGACUCGAACUAUAUUAUAGAAAAUGUCAAUGCGUACGUAUGACAGAACCGCGCGUACUACUACGUUACGACAGAACUGCGUUGACGUUAUGACCUCAACGGUUUGAGCACAUGUGAUGACAGGAUCGACAAACCACAUACAUAAAGUCUUGUGCAUAAGCGUUCACUCCAUGGGGUUCCUUAGAGUGAAGCACCGCGAUGCAUAAGCACAUACUGCGCUACCCAACCAAGUGGGUGUUUCAUAAAGCUGUUCGUAAGAUAAGAGCGACUUUAAGAAUAACUAGUGAUCCUUUCUUGUGGUAAA